AAACCAGCUAUUUAAAUACUCUUUCGUAUCCUUCUAGUACUUUCUUCCUCUUAGUAAAACUUUACUUAGCAAGACCCGGACGUCGCGCCAGCCUGUACAGCCACAGGGUCAUCAAUAUUCCACUAUGGAGUUUGUUAAGCUCGGAAUAUUGAACCCAGCCUGGCCUUUUGAAAUCCAGCUCGUAUAGUACCACAGCCUCCCUUUCCUGGAUUCUAACCAUGUCGCGGCAUAUAUCUCGGCCCUGCACAAAUAAGUGCAAAUCCUACCAUCGCAGUACUUAGCCUUGUUCCUUCAUCAUCGAUUAACGUUUCAAACGUCAUGUCCACCCGUUCCAAGACCAACAGUGCCCUCAUGGAAGCUCGAAAAUCAAAACUGGAACGUUUCUACGAAAAGUCUUUGUUUAUUGAUGACAAGACAAAACACAAUAACCAUGCACUCCUUGGAACCGUUCGUCUUUACCUGGAAGACAAGGCCAACGAAGUCACCGAGGAUCCGGAGUUCGCCCCUUUUCUUCAGUUCGUCAAACAGAUCUUGGUGCAUCUGAUGUCGGGUUCUCAGUCUUGGGUGGGAACUGUAGUCAAUUUUGGAUACGUGGUCCGGACCAUUGCGGCUUCAGAUGUAGGGAGACAGGCUUGGAUUGAUUCACACCCCGAGUCUCAGGGUCCGGAAGAUUUGACUCCCUACAUUGUCUCUUAUAUCCGAGAUUCGCCUCCAGCGAUUGUUCUAGUCGACACUCAAGAGCACGAAUCCAGAAAUCGCCGUCAUGCAAUAAAGGAAUAUUCGUGGGGAUUCGUAUGCAAGGGUGUUGAUGACCGCGAGGAUAAUGAGAUGUUUUUUUCUCGUGAGUUGGUAGCAGCUUACAUAGACCUUGAGAAAGCCAAGGCUGAUAGCCCUUCAUCUGAUCAACUUACGAUCGUACAAUCCGUCAUCAUGAUCGCUUUUCUCCACGAGUUGACCCACACUAUUACAAAAUCACUUUUCAGGGGGCUUAUUACUCCCGACAUGAACGGCGGUCAACAGGGUGAGGCGGGAGAGGCAUUAGAGCGGCUGAUAUUUGGUGGUAUUAUGUGUGUGGAGUGGUUGCGCCGAGAUUUCGAAAACCGAGACCUUCGCAUGAAAAGGAUUCAAAAUCUUUACAUCAUGCGUGUUCUGCCAAACCUAGAUCAGGAGGCUCAGCAGGACUCAUCAAAUGAAUGGAUGCCACGAGCCCCAACUGGGAAAACUUGUUUUUACAAACUUGAAAUCAAGGAUCUGAAGAUAAUGCUGGACUCCCUCGACCGAAUUCAGAUCUACAGCCCUGCAUAUGUGCCUGACCAGAAUGGUAUUGCUGACUGUGACGCUGGGCCCGCCGAUGGAAAGUCAUAUGUACGCUUGCGUGUCAUGUCCGAGGCCAGAACUCUUGAAGUUGACUUGAAGUCAGCUUCACCUCCAUCCAAGGUAGUUGGACUAGGUUUGGAUUCAAUUAUCGCCUUUCCUACCAAGGAUAGGAUUGUUGUUGGCAAGGAUUAGCGUAAAUGACAGUCAUUCGGUAUCAUCCCAUAAUUGCAUCGUUAUAUUCAACUCAAGUGUCAUAUGCCAUGAAGCACGCUUCGAA